UUGUCACGAAAAUGCGCGGUGCCGAGGUUGCUGAACGUUUUAAAAAGAGAUUUAUUUUCUUCGGACGCAACAGUGGGAUACAUGGUCUGCAUUAUUUGUUUGAUGCUAAUAGGAGUCUGCUGGUCAGGAUGUUCUGGCUACUGACCCUGAUAGCGUCUGUUUGUUGCCUGUGCCUGCUGCUUGAACAUGAUAAAGGGGACGAAGUCAAUUUUACGAUCGACACUCUCUACUUGAAUUGGACCACUACUUUCCCAGGAGUCACGCUGUGCGAACAGCAUUCUACUAAGAUUGCUCUACGGAAGUUCACAGCUCUUUAUCCGGACCUUCUAAACCCAUUGAACUAUGACCACCGUCGAUACCUGACAGACCUGUUAUUCGCAAGAGGAGAAUGCAGCAACGCGCAGUGCGCUCCUUGUGGGCAGACUGUGGCCUGUGAUGUGCCUUGGAGAACUAUUAUUGAACGAGUGCACAAAACUUGCCAAGAAAUGGUAGCCGACUGCAGUUACAAUGGCGUUGAGUUUCCAUGUUGCGAAUAUUUUCGUCUGGUAGACUCGGAACACGGACCAUGUUUCUCCUUCAACACAUUACAACACAAGGGAGAUAACAGCUUGUUUGUGGUCAAUAUGACCACUGGACCAGCAGUUCUGAUGUUUCGAUUGCUCUCUAAUGCCGAGAUUUCAAUCCACAGUCCCGAAGAGUUGUCAACGAAUAACUUGGAUGGUAAAUUAAAGCAAAUAGUUCAUACGUACAGUGAGAACCAAGUGGGGUUUCUGUUCUCGGUGGUGGAGAUGGAAAAUGAUGAUCAGUUACGAAUGAAAGAUGUUAAUGAAAGACAGUGUCGCUACCUUCAUGAAGUACCAGAAGUUCCAUUUCAUACUUAUCCGGUGUAUUCAUAUGGAGCCUGCCGAUUAGCUUACAGCACUAAAGAGUUCUACCAACAGUGUGGUUGCAUACAUCCAGUGAGAGACUUAACGUAUGAGAAGUUUUACUGCAACUACUCUGGAAUGAACUGUUGGAAUACAUACGACGCCCACAAAAUUAAAGUUGGUGAGGAUAUAAAUGCUGGAGACGAUUGUUUACCAUCUUGCGUCGAGAGCGAACUUAAGAUUUUACAUUAUACUAAGUAAGCUAAUUUUCCAUGUAAUAUAAAUAGGUUUAUACUAUGAUAGAAAAGAGGAAAUAUAUUUAGUAAUAU